AUGGGAGGGCAGAGCUCGAAGCAAGCCCUGUACGAGGAGGACCAGAGGCGCCAGGCCGAGGUCCCGCAGCGCGUGGAACGGCCAAAACUCCCCUCAACGUUCACCGAGGAGCAGGGCAACAGCGAAGCGAGCCCUGGGGAUGAGCGCGUGAGCUCGUGGAACAAGUCGCACGCGCUCGAAUACACCGUCAGCUGGGACGAGCUGACCCCAACGGCCCUCGCGGAGAAGACCAUCUGCACCGGGAAGCACGCGAUCAUCCCGUACAUCGUCGGGCAGCUCGACAGCGUUCCAGGGCGCCUCGCGCAGCUCGGGCGGGUCCUCAGCGUCGACACGGUGUCGCCCCUGCUCCCGGGCGCUACGCUCGUCAUGGGCCCCGACGGGAACACGGCCAUCAUCGUCACCAACUCGGGACCGCUCCCCUUCGACGUCCCCCUCAAGGACCGAAUCGAGGACGCGCGCCACCGAGCGGACACGGAGGUCGCGUCGUUCGUGCACCCGGUGUACGCGCUGGCGUUCUACGAGCGCUCGCUGCGCGCCGCCGCGGGGCCCCGCCCGGGGCCGUGGACGGGCUUCGACGUGUGGGGCUACGACUCCGUCGACGGUUCGAAGCCGUUCCGCAUCGCGAAGAUCCGCGGCAACCUUCUGAACGCCAUCGACGCCAACGCGCUCGAACCCAAGCUGUUCGACGUGGUCGCGCUCGCGCGCGGGCUCCUCGCGUCCCCGCUGCGGUCCGCGGCGCUCGAGGGGCGGUCCGUCCCGCGCCACGCGCGCGCCCCCGUGCUGUAUGCGUCCCGGUCCGGCAAGCUGUCAGCUGAGUGCGCGCCGGCGUCGCCGCGCGGGCGGGCCGAGGGCCCGCGGCGCAACGCGGACGGGGUGCGGUCGUCGAGCGCGUCGGGGCCCGCGGGGGAGCUGCACGGGCUGCACGCGCACGUGCACCUGGCCCACGGGCACCUGCACAGCAGCGAGCACCGCGCGGCGCCGCGGCGGCCGAAGCUGGCGAGCGUCAAGGAGGGCGCUGUCGGAGACGCGCUGGUGUCGGACGAGCUGCACAACGACUGGGUGGACUUUGGGUACGGGCCGGACGGGGACAUUCGGCGCGACUCCGCGGGGGACAUCCACCGCCCGACGAACAGCAGCCUGCAGAGCAGCAUGACGGGCGGGCCGCGGAAAUCGAGCGACAUCCCCGACGGGUCGCUCUGGGCGAAUGUGUUCGACUUCUGA